AUGAAGUACUCUGUCGUCUCUGCUCUGGCACUUGCCGCUUCUUCAGUCAACGCCCAUGCUAUCAUGCAGCGUAUCAUGGUCGAUGGUGUUGACCAAGGCUCUCUCACCGGUAUCCGUGCUCCCUCUUCCAACAACCCCGUCCAGGACGUCAGCUCCAGCGACAUUCUCUGCGGUGCCGGCGCCGGUACUUCCUCCAAGCUCAUCACCAUUCCUGCUGGUGCUUCGGGCCCUACCCAGGUCUACCUCGCCAAGGUCGACGAUGCCGUUUCCGCUUCUGCUACUGGACUCAAGUGGUUCAAGAUUGCCAGCGACUCCGUUACCUCGUCCGGUGUCUGGGGUGUUGAUGACAUGAUCAAGAACACCGACUCCGCCGGCUUCGGCUGGCAGAAGUUCACCAUGCCCAGCUGCAUUGCCCCUGGCCAAUACCUCAUGCGUGUCGAGCUGCUCGCACUCCACUCUGCCACCGCCGAGGGAGGUGCCCAGUUCUACCAGUCCUGUGCGCAGAUCAAGGUUACCGGCUCUGGCUCCUUCUCGCCUGCCUCGUCGGCUGAGAUGUCGCUGCCCGGUGGUUACACUGCCACUGACGCUGGUAUCCUUGCCAACAUCUACGACUCUUCCAUCUACACUUCGUACAAGGCUCCCGGCCCUGCUGUCAUCAGCUGUGGUGCUGGCAAUGCCGCACCCGCACCCGCCACCUCCGCCGCCGGUGCAUCAUCCAAGCCUGCCACUUCCGCUGUUUCCUCCAAGGUUCCUGUUAGCACUUCUGCUGCUGCUGUUACUUCCAAGCCUGCUGCUACUACCUUGUCCACUGUUGUCAAGACUUCUGAGGCUGCUGCUCCUGCUACUUCUGCUGCUUCUUCGGGCUCUGGAAGCGGUACUGCUGCUCACUGGGGUCAGUGUGGUGGUAAAGGAUACACUGGUCCUACAACCUGUGUUUCGGGCACUACCUGCAAGGUCCAGAAUGAUUAUUACUCUCAGUGCCUGUAA